AAUAAUAAAAUCCCUCUCAAUCUCUCCAAAUCGAAAACAUUAAAAAUGGAAGAAGAAAGGGGCUUCGUCUCCUUUAUCUCCCUCCCCUCUAUUAAAUUUUUUUUUUCAAACAAGAAAAAAGGCUUUCACCCCUCAGUCUCUCCUCUUUUCCCUCCAACUUCUUCGAUCCAAACAAAGUGUAAAGUUUUCUCUUCUUCUUUUCACUGUGAGAAAAAAAGGGGGAAAGGAAGAUAAAGUAACCGAAAGUUAGAAGAUCACGGUGCUCCUCUCAUCUUGUGGAAACCCUGAAUAUUAGGUGCGGGUGUCGGUUCUCUUGAUUUCAAUUACCCUGUAAUUUCAGUACCAAAAAAAUGGAAUGAAUGUUAUUUUUUUUUCUAGAUCUAGGGUUCAUUUGUGUUGAGCAUGCCUGGAACUUGCUGAUUUUUUUUUUUUUACUGCUAUGAACUGUGUUUUUCUCGUGUUGUGUAUCUGGAGUUUUGUAAAUUGAAACUGUGAAUAAAGCCUGUGGAGGACC